AUGUCUUUCAACAAAAAACUACAACGGUCACUCUGGGAUCAGGAAUGGAAUAGGAUCGUCUUUAGUGACGAGUCUCGAUUUUGUUUAGGCAUGCACGAUGGUCGUGCCAGGAUUAGAAGGCGACGUGGUGAAAGGAGGAAUCCACAGUUUUUUGUUGAAAGACAUGUUCAUCACACUGUUGGAGUUAUGGUUUGGGGUGCUAUAGCUUAUGGCUCCAGGUCACCUUUAAUCUUCAUCAGAGGUCACAUGAACGCGCAGCGUUAUAUACACGAAGUUCUAGAACCUCAUCUUUUACCCUAUAUUGACACCCUGGCAGAUCCAACUUUCCAACAAGAUAAUACCCGACCACAUGUUGCAAGAGUGACAAUAGACUUCUUUCAACAUAAUGAUGUCACAUUGUUACCAUGGCCACCAAGAUCUCUCGACUUAUCCCCAAUUGAGCGGAUUUAUAUAUAAGUGUGUGGAUAAUAGUUGUAUGGUCUACUGCCAAUAUAUUGAUGAAGUUUUACGAAAUAUUUGCAGCCAGAUUCUAAGCAAAAGCUUCUAAAAACGUUCACGAUUUCCAUACUUUUGAAGAAACUCAGGGACAUAUUUGGGAAAACAACAUAAUGACGCCAAAAGUUAUAUUUCUUCACGCCCUUGAAGAUGAUUGCAGGCUGAUACAUGGAGAAUGAACAUCAAUUGAAUUGAUAAUUGAAAUAAUGAAGAGGUUAAUAACUGGCGAUUUUCGAUUGUGCAAAUGAACCCAGAAUUAUGGAACGACUUGAUUUUUCUUCACGUGAUACAAUUGAGUGACGGUUGAGGUUUUCUAGGGGUUUUCCUCGCCCGAGUGCGAAUGCAGUCACUAAGAAACCACGUUCCCCUAAUGAAUAGUAGAUAAAAUGAAAAUUGUACUUAUCCUUUUAAUGAUCAUGUAAUUUUAGAUCAAAUAAUCAUUAAAUAUAUUUAUAUAA